AUGAACACAUCACGCACGAUCUUCUCUGCCUCAUUGACAGCCAACCUCACAAAGACAGCUUGCAGAGGUAUAGCACCAACAGCAACCGCCAAUGUUGGCCUGCGAUCCAGCCAUGCCCUCCUCAAGCCUGUGACUAUCCAUUCGUCACGCCAGUUCUCAACUUCACGCAAGUCACAGCUUGACUUCUUCCCCCCGCCCAAGAAUCUCCCGCACAUCAAGACGACCCCUGCCUCGUGGCCUCAUCCAGCCGUCACCGAGGAACAGCUCAAGAGCGUUGAGAUUGCACACCGCGAGCCACGAACGGUUUCGGACUGGGCUGCAUACAAUACGGUUCGCCUUCUACGAUGGGCCACAGAUCUUGCGACCGGAUACCGCCACGACCCAAACAAGCCGUAUGUGAUGACAGAACGCAAAUGGCUCAUACGAUUUAUCUUCCUUGAGACAGUGGCUGGCGUGCCUGGGAUGAUGGCCGGUAUGUUGCGACACUUUCACAGUCUGCGAAAGAUGAAGCGCGACAAUGGCUGGAUUGAAACACUCCUUGAAGACGCCUACAACGAGCGGAUGCAUCUCCUCACCUUCCUCCAGAUGGCCAAGCCGGGGUGGUUCAUGAAGAUGAUGAUUCUCGGAGCACAAGGUGUCUUCAGCAACGGAUUCUUCUUGGCCUAUCUAGUAUCUCCGAGGACUUGUCAUCGCUUCGUUGGCUACCUUGAGGAGGAAGCUACUAAGACUUACACUCUCGCUAUUGAAGAUAUGGAGAAGGGGCUGCUACCUGGUUGGGAAGAUCUCGAGGCGCCUGAGAUUGCCAUCAAGUACUGGGAGAUGCCCAAGGGUCAUCAGUCGAUGAAAGAUCUGCUCUACUACGUCCGAGCCGAUGAAGCAAAGCACCGCGAGAUCCACCAUACCUUGGGCAACUUGGACCAGACCAAAGAUCCCAACCCAUUCGUCAGCGAAUACAAAGAUCAGAGCAAGCCGCAUCCAGGCAAGGGUAUCGAGCAUUUGCGUUCCAAGGGCUGGGAGCGUGAAGAGGUUAUUUGA